AUGUUCGCAACUCACGCACGUCAAGGAUUAAAGAAUUUAGUUCCACCAAAGAUAGCAACACCAGGUGCAGUAUCUGGCUCUGAGGGCGGUGCUAGAAUGAACUCCGUUAUUGAGUUUUAUAGCAAAUUACCAAAAGGUAACGCAGCUCCAAAGUCUAGUGGUAUCAAAGGCAAAUACUUUGAUGGCUCAAAUUCAUCACGUACUCCAUUACUCGCAACGAUUGGUGGAUUAUUCUUAUUCGGAUAUACGCUUGAUUACAACCUUCACCUCAAGCACCACAAGAACAACCACCAUUAG